ACGAUAAUAGCGCUUUGCAUCGAAUUACUAUGGUCUGUAUAACCUCAUAAUUAUGGUCUUCAAAAGGAGGGUUAACGGACGACGGGUCGAGGGAUAAAACGGAUGUGACCUACUUCCACCUGACUCUGUAUCACUUAUCUAUAUCUUGCUCAUCCACUACAUGAAAAUGAUGGCGCUGUAGGCGAGUAAUUGCAAACGUCCAAUCACGAUGUCAAGUCUCGCAGAGCAGCUCCAAAAGGCAGAGAAAGAUCUGGCAGCGGCAAGAGAGAGGGGCUUAUCAAGCGCCUCCAAGUAUGAGGAAAAGGUGAAGAAACUUAAAGAGGAGCUGGCCAAGCCACAACCGCAUCCUGCUCUGCAAUUUAAUGAGGUCGCACAAUGCAUCUCCGUCAUGUCUGCCAUAAGUCUCGUGAUGGCUGCUUCACCUUUGCCGAUCCAGCUUAUCCCAUUCUACCGCAUAUUCAGUACUCUCACAAUGUUCGCCGUAACUUGUUAUGUUGCGAGGGCGUCAGUGAUUUACUAUGGCUAUCAGCAAGCUCUUGCCAAAUUCCCGAAACAGGAUGAAUCUAGUUCUGCAAAGGCGAACAAAGCUGCGAAGAAACCUCGGCAAGAUCUCUGGGCGAAUAUGAAGGCCCACCCUUCGGCGUUCCUCACCACUCGUCAAGCUGCUCCUCGUAUCUUCCCCUUCCCUUUGGGUAAAACAAGACCAGAAGCUGCUGUCAGAGAAGAACUCUGGUGGGAAGGUGGAAACGCUCCUCACGUCGGUCACUUUAACCGACCAAAGCUACCCGUACCUCCUAACCCUAAUGAAGACGUACUGAUGAAGCGUGUACAAGCCAGUAUGGCUCGAGAAGCUCAAGAAAGGUUGUGGAAGAGGAGAAUCAGGGAUAUACAAGUUCUCAGCGUAAUCAUUAUGGUCUCAUUCGUGAGCAAGAAGAUUGCUGCUAUUGCUCUCGCCAUCCUCAUCUACCGUACCGUCUCCUCUGAAAUCGACGACAUGCUUUCCCCUCCUGUCGAUAUGGAGCACGUCUGGAAAGCGAUCGAUAAGCUCACAGGCGCGGCCAAGAACGAGAGUGCACCAAAGCCCACUUUGUUAACUGGCAGUACAAGCUACCUGUACGAGCAUGAUGGAGAUUGGGUAAAGAAAUUGGCGGAUGUGCCGAUUGAAGGCGUGACGCCGCCGGUGUUAAUGACGACUGCCAACUCUUGGUACGCCGGGCCUGGACCGGAGUAGAGGUACAGACGUAAUUGUGCAAGAUGUUUGGUCUGCAGCGAUUCCAUAGCUAAAGAAUAUCACACU